UCUGCAGCCUGCACAUUUAAAGCGAACAGGGAGGGGAGCAAGGAGAGUGGAGAGGAGACGCACAAGAAAAAAACACAACAAAAACACCCCCCUCGCCUCAGGAGCAGCUUUUACAUUUGUGCAUUUGUACAUUUUUGGGUGUUUUUUGUUUUUUUGCGUGUGAAAAACACAAAAAAACACCCCCCUCGCCUCAGGAGCAGCUUUUGCAUUUGUGCAUUUGUACAUUUUUGGGUGUUUUUGUGUUUUUUGCGUGUGAAAAAACACAACAACAACACCCCGCUCGCCUCAGGAGCAGCUUUUGCAGCAUUUUUACAUUUGUGCAUUUGUACAUUUGUACAUUUUUGGGUGUUUUUUGUUUUUUUGCGUGUGCAAAACAUUUUUUCGGAGAUGUCGCAUGUGCAUUUAUGUUCACUGGAGCGUCUGGAGCGGCUGGAGCGUCUGGAGCGGCUGGCGGCCCGCAGGACCUUCCCCGACCUGCACCGGCGCUCCGGCGUCUGCAGAAACCUCUUUGGAGCACCGGACCACGAAGAGCUGAGCCGGGACGUGCAAACCAAGCUGCGGGAGAUCUCUGACCGGGAUCAGAGGAGAUGGAACUUUAAUUUCGAGACCGACACUCCUCUGGAUGGGAAUUACCAUUGGGAAGGGGUUUCUACGGACGCGACGCCCGGGUUUUACCAUGACUCCCCCCGGGUGCCGGCUCGCUCUCCGGGGCCCGAGAGCAGCAGCACCAGCACCGGCACCACAGGCACUCCCUGCCCCGCAGAGGUGAACCAGGAGAACCGCGCAGACAGGCUGAACUCAGGGAAGAAGACGAGCCGCAAGCGGGUUCCGUGCAAGAGGCCGGUGGAGUCCGAGAGCAACACGCACAUCACAGACUUUUUCGUGAAACGAAAGAGGGCUGCCGAUAUAAAGUCGAAUGACACAAGCCCGAAGUCUCCGAUCCCGGUGGAACAAACCCCGAGAAAGAGGAUCCGUUGAAGGUGGUUUUUGCACUAUUUUUCCUGAGCAUUUUCUGAUUUUCGGAGGACUCCAGGCCGAGUCGGAGUCCCGACACGCCGGCGCCCGCAGCGCCGCGCCCCGCCGGAGCGGAGCCGCGACGCCGGGCAAUAACUCUCAGGACUUUAACGCUUAGGGGGGUGGGGGG